CCGGGAUAUUUACUCCUGUUCCCGUAUGUUUGUCCACGACACCUGCCAUGUACAACUGCGAUAGUGGAAGCUGCAAGACCAACGGCUGAGGAAGCGACGUCUAGGAUCCUACCUUGAUUCCGUGAGCUCGAUUCCUUCUUGACGUAGAGUUAUCGAUGUGUUUUCUCUUUCUCUCUGUCCGGAUCUCGAUCUUCACCCUCUCGCUCAACUCUCACCCAUCCCGCAAAUUUACCCUUGGUCGGACUUCUUCAUAAUGGAGACGCCCAAGGACAAGGCCAAUGAGCCUCCCGCGCCAGUUGAGCUAGAUAAAGAACUGGUCGAUGAGGCCCAAAAUGAGGAAGAUGAUGACCUCCUUCAGACGACGGCCGCAAUGCUCAAAGGGAUCAAGGACAGAAUCUCGAUUGCAAUUGCUCCCGAAGGCUCUGAGGACCAGCAAGCCGUUCCUCCGACAGAAACCAGCGUUUUUUGGCAAGAGAUCAUGGCGAAGCUCGGCGAGUUAGAGGACAUGAUCAACUUGGGUGUUGCUACUAUGACACUUAAGGGGCUCAGUCACACCGCUCCCGGAUCCGACCCAACGCAAAUCACUACCGGGACGCCGACGAAGAGCGACAACGAGGAGAUUGAAGAUUCCAAGCCUACCAAGGAGGAAAGUUCCAAGGCUAAACUCGAAACUAUCGCAACCACUGCUCCGGCCGGCCCACAGGAUGUCGCCGACAGCACUCUGGAGGCAGUCGAACCCCAACCGGGAGAGAUAGUAGACCAAAGUUCGGACAAGGAAACGGGCAAGGGACCGGACAAGAGCGAGGCCAAGAAAGCAAAGCUGAGAGAGAAAAACAAAGCGAGGAAAAACAGAAAGAGGGCUAGGGAGAAAGCGAACGAGGCAGCCGCAAGUAGGACCGCGCUUCUUGCACGCCAUAACCCCAACUUUGCUGCCAAUAUCCGGGUCAGCCAGGACGACGAGAUCGCAGCGGUGGCCAGGGUGAGGGAGGACAUUGAGCGAUGUGAACGCGAAGGCAAUAUCGACAAGCUAUGCAUCGUGUGCGACAAGACCGGCGGGGGUUAUUGCGGUGGCUGCAAAAAAGCUCGUUACUGUUCCAAGAAGUGCCUGGUAUUGGACCUCCCCGUCCACAAGAAGGUCUGCUCCGACUUUGCCGGGCCUGCGGCUGACGAGAAGAGGCCGAGUCCCCAACACCACCGCGUGCUCUUUUUUCCAACCUUCCGCGUCAAACCGGAGAUUUGCUGGGCAGCCUACCACGAAACAGACGACGGCCGGUGGUUUGAGAUUGACCACGAGGACAUCACCCAGUUCCUCAAGCUUGUUCAGGCUCCGGAGUCGGAAAAGGGCAAGAGCCAGGGAUUUGUCGAUUUCGUACAAUUCCUCGGCGACCGGCCUAUCGGUCACAUGCUUAGAGCGGCCACCUUCAAUACCCCCAGGACCGUAGGCGAGAAUGUCAACCCCGAAAUCCUUAACCAAAGCCACAACGCGUUCCUCAAACCCGGUUAUUUACGCCCCUGGUUUGGUCCCCUGCUGUGCGCCGCCGACGCUCGCUACCCGGGCCAGAAUGUGCCCCCCAGGCCCCGGGACAUCAACGCGCGCGAUGUCCAUAGCGUUGCCCGACUCCUCGAACUUUGUGAGGGCUCUUGCAUUACCAUCCCCGAGCUCUACCACGGCAAGACCAUCUCUGGACUGUUGAUCAACGAUCUAUUGAACCCCAUGAAUGUCGUGAUGGGCGUGGAGAACGUCUUCGAGAUGACUCACGUCCCGCUUGCGCCCAUGGACCAGUCCGAUCAUGCCAUCGCACUAGCUUUCUUCGUGGGCUUGCGCUGGUACAUCCGGCCGUGCCACGUGUUGGGGGUCGGGGGCAAGGAGACGUCCUGGAACGACAGGCAGCUCCGCUAUGCGAGCUACACCUGCGGCCUCCGGGAGACCGCUGAGGACUGUGGCGGAGCUAGCACGGGUCCUUACGUCGUCGUUCUCCACGGGUCCGGCAACCCAGUCGAGGCGCUGCACAUGUCCGCCUUCAACGACUACCUCGAUAAAGUCUACAGAGCGAAGAAGACGGCCUCCAAGCACGAUUUUGAGAAGUACUGGGCAACGUACAAGCAGUUACGGGGCCCUCUAGCUGCGAAUUUGCCAUCGCCUUACAAGUGGGAGAGUGCGGGCGCGAUCGAUAAGCUAGGCGUCUACGACCCGGUCCUCGUCAUGAGCUUUGUCAAGGACAGGAUUGGGGAUAUAUGGGAUCACAUCGCCAAGGCUUCAGACAAACUUGAACGCAAGACGUUCGAGGGCGGUGACAGGCGUCGCGAACUGCAGGGUAGCCGCGAGAGUAAUCCGACAGCGUAG